AUGCAGAGACUUGAAAGGGGCAAAAAUGGUGGAGAUGUUAAAAUUGUUUUCGUGCGAGGGAGCACAAGAAAAGAAGAAGCUAAAAGCGGUAGUAAACAUGGCAACGACACCGUUGUUUCGGAACAAGUACUGGGUUCUAAGGCACGGCAAAAGCAUUCCAAACGAGAAAGGACUUGUAGUUUCUUCAUUGGAAAAUGGAACGCGUCUGAGUAUCAAUUGGCAUCAGAAGGUGUCAAUCAAGCUCAAUUGGCUGGAGAAUUAUUCCUGAAGGAAUUGAAUGAAAAUAACAUACCACUAGAAAAUGUCCGCAUAUGCUAUUCUCCAUUUUCCAGGACAACUCACACGGCUAAAGUUGUGGCAUCUGUUUUGAAUAUCCCAUUUGAAGGUCCUCAAUGUAAGGUGAUUGAAGAUCUCCGGGAACGUUUCUUUGGUCCUACAUUUGAACUUAUGUCACAUGAUAAAUAUGCAGAGAUAUGGGCUCUUGAUGAGAAAGAUCCAUUUAUGAGACCAGAAGGCGGAGAAAGUGUCAAUGAUGUGGCUUCUAGACUUGCAAGUGCUAUGGUGUCGAUUGAAUCAGAAUUUCAAGGGUGCUCAAUUUUGGUUGUCAGCCACGGUGAUCCCCUGCAAAUCUUGCAGACACUACUGAAUGCAGCUAAGGAGAUCACAGGACCGAAUGUCAAUGGCUUGGACUCAAGAAUUCAAGCUGUCCGAGUCCCUAAAAUCUUGUCACAGCAUAGAAAAUGUUCUUUGCUCACUGGAGAACUCCGGGCAGUUGUAUAGUGUGCUCUUUGCAGUGUCUUUCAGGAACGUAAAACCAUUGCUUAGGUCACGGAAUUAUAAUAAUUGGCAUUUCAUGGCUUAGAAUGAAAUUCAGUCUAACAUUCAUUCAAUAGAAUAAGAUAGGUAGCCUGAACAAGAUUAGAACGAA